AUGGACACCCCAGAUACCAAUAACGCAUCGACCGAGACUCCAGAGCAAGCUUCUACGUCUCAGGAUAAUACGGACGCCCACGCGGACGCCAAUGCGGACGCCAAUGCAGACUCCAACGCGAACAACACUCCUGAUGGAGCGGACGCGCCUGAUGGAUCGGACGCGCCUGCUCCAAGAAAACCGCGUCGUCGAGGUCGACAGGCCAAAGACCCUCUGGGACAGUCAGUGGUCUUCAAAGUCCAGAGAGCCGAGGACUUGGAGACGAAACUCCGCGAGUAUUUGGCGAAUCCAACUGGAGAUCCUGCACAUACCACGUUAGAGUUCUCCUUUCCAGUUACUGCUGCAUUUAUGGUUUCCGCCAGAGAAUCCAAGACACCAAGUGCUCCCGACAAGAAUACGCCGUACAUGUACAGUGCUUUCAACAAGACCGCUGUCAGCGUCAUUGACGCCCUGCAGACCACCCAGGACCCGAAGGAACAGAUGCUCAUGCAAAAGGCCAUUUCCAGGACUCUAGUCGACACGGUUCAGCUGGCGGAUGGCAAUCGUUACAGUUUCCACAAUCAUUGGAUUAGUCGAGAAGAUCAAGCUAGCAGGUUUUCGUAUUUCUGCAAUGACUCUGUGCUCAAUAAAGGGAGAGCUGCCAAUGAAGGAGCAGCCAAAAUCAGACUGGGAGUGAAGAUCAGAAAGCCAGUUUACGAGUGCCAGGGACUUCUUUCGAUCAAGUUUUCGGUCACCAAACAGAGUCUGGAACUGCACUAUAAGCAUAUCCCGCUUCACCAGACUUACGACGAACGGGCUCCACCACCGCGCCGGGAUAGCAGACGAAGAAAAAUAUUGGAGAUUUUUCAUCCAGAGAAACUUCCGAAACCCAAGGAGAAAGUCCCGAAAGAGAAACGGAAACCGAAAGAGAAAAAGAGGAAAGCUCCACCAUCGAGCGGGACGCCGAAGCGGAAAAGACGUGCUACAGAGCCACUGCCUCAAACCGGAACCGUAUCACGCCCAGAAAAUGCGCGGGAGAGUAGCCUGCAACCUCUAUUUGACUUUCUAGGUUCUGCAGGCAGACUUGAGGAAGAACCAGCCGCGGCUGCUGGUGCAGAACAGACAGGGACUGAAGGCGACGCAGUUGGAUUGACUGCAGCGUCUACACCGGGCGGCACUGCCAUCGACCAUGCAGCUCCAGACGGGGCUCGAUCUGAUGCAUCCAAGUCACGGAGAAGCAAGAACUUGUUCCCUGGCAUGAUGUCCGGUUUCAUGUCCGGUGAAGAACUAAACUGGGGCAGCAAGGGAGGGGGUAAAGGGCAUCGACCACUACGACCCAGACUCAGUGCGCCUGCCUCUACCGGUGCACAAACACAAAAUGCAGACCCAACGCCUGCUCCUGCCACGGCUCCUGCUGCUGCUGGGGCUGUGCCGCCGGCGCAGACUGUGUCAAAGCCUUCUGAGGACGUGGACCUCCUAAAGGCCCGGCUGCAAGAGGCAGAGCGGAAGAUCCGAGCCCUUGAGGCUGAAAAGAAUAGAGUCGCAACUCCUAUAACAUGGACAGCGCCACAACAUCUACCUCCGCCGCCGCCGCCCGGGUUCGCUCAACCACCGUACUAUCCUCCACCCCACUAUGCCCAUCCUCCGCCACAGUGGCAGUAUCCUCCUCCUUCCCCUCCGGCUAUGGCUUACCCACCUAUGGCUCACCCGCCGGGACCUCCAGUUCCAGCUCCAGCUCGGCAUGGAAUGCCAAUGUGGCCUCAUCCUCCCCCUCCCCCUCCUCCGUUUGCUGCUCGGCCGGCCCCAGCACCAGCAGUGCAGUCUCCAAUGGCACCUACGCCGUCUCCGACAGCGCCACAAACAGCGGUACCUGUACCGGCGCCUGCUGCCGCACCCGCACCCGCUCCCGCAGCAACGCCACCACCCACAACGGUACCUGCACCAGCAACAAUACCAUCGCCCGCACCCGCACCCACACCCGGACCAUCGUCGCAAGCCGACUCAAAUCAGACUCCCUCGCAAAACUCUGCACCAAUGUAUGGAUUCGUUCCAAGUCCGGCGGAGAUAUCGCCGAGUCAAGCUGUCCCUGUUCCAGGACCACGUCGGCAGCCGUGA